UUUAGCACGUCUUCCUGUUACACAGCAAGAACGUAUCCAAUAAGCCUCCCCGUGUACUUUGAACAGGUUUCUAAUGCAUUCUACAUUUUGCGAAGAAGUAGCCGGAUAGUAUCUCUUACAGAAUGUACUUCCACUUAGAGGCCAGGAAGGUGAGGACUUAUUUUUAGUAAGAAGAACUUAAAUACUAUUUAAAAGGUAUUUUUGAGCAUCCGGCAGUAAAGUGACAGCAGCAGAAGUGGACUGAUAACAGGACACAUCCUACAUAAAAAUGAAAAAUGAAAGUGAAGAAAACCACAUGGAUGAGCAUGGGUCCUAUAACCAAAUUCAACUACAAAGAAGAACCAACAACACAGUAAAUGUAUGGAAGUCUCUGAAAUCAAAGGUGAAAAAGAAAUGCACGUGCACUAGUAAAAGUGCAAAGAAGACAUUCAUAGACUUUUUCCCUGUGAUACGGUGGCUUCCUAAAUAUGAUUUCAAAGAAAAUACAUGGGGUGACAUCAUGUCUGGUCUAAUUAUUGGUAUCAUACUAGUGCCUCAAGCCAUAGCCUAUUCACUCCUAGCAGGCCUAAAACCAAUUUACAGUUUAUACACCUCGUUCUUUGCAAAUUUAAUUUAUUUUAUAAUGGGGACAUCUCGACAUGUGUCAGUAGGCAUUUUUAGUUUGCUAAGUCUAAUGGUUGGUCAGGUCGUAGACCGAGAAGUGUUGCUGGCAGGUUUUGACCUGGAUGAUGAAGAUUCCCACAAGUUUAACAGCCUAAAUGCAAGUGAUGUGAUGGAUGUCUCAAGUGUUAACAUUAGUCUGGGCCUAGUGGACAUCGAAUGUGGAAAAGAAUGCUAUGCGAUCAGUAUUGCAGCCGCACUGACAUUUAUUGCUGGUGUUUACCAGGUUUUGAUGGGCAUUUUUCGCUUGGGUUUUCUGUCUGUAUACCUGUCAGAACCCAUGCUAGAUGGAUUUGCCACUGGGGCGUCAUUGACAAUAUUAACAGCUCAAGUGAAGUAUCUUCUUGGAAUAAAAAUCCCACGUAGUCCUGGUGUAGGAAUGCUCGUAACCACAUGGAUUAACAUAUUUACAAACAUCCAUCAUGCCAACAUAUGUGAUGUAGUUACCAGCGCCAUUUGCAUCUCUGUGCUCGUUGCUGCUAAGGAAUUAGGAGAUCGAUAUAAAGACAAAAUUAAGAUUCCUCUUCCGACAGAGUUAAUAGUAAUCGUAGUAGCAACCUUGGUAUCGCAUUACUGUAACCUGAACGAAGUCUAUGGUUCCAGUGUAUCUGGUGAAAUUCCAACCGGAUUUAUACCACCCAAAGUCCCUAAUUUUGGGUUAAUAGGCAAAAUCGCAGUGGACGCUAUCCCUCUAGCUGUUGUAAGUUUUGCAUUCACAAUCUCCUUAUCCGAAAUGUUUGCCAAGAAAUAUGCAUAUACAGUGAAAGCCAACCAGGAGAUGUUUGCCAUUGGAUUCUGCAAUAUAAUCCCAUCAUUUUUCCACUGUUUUGCCACAAGCGCAGCUCUUGCAAAAACUCUAGUGAAAACAUCCACGGGUUGUAAAACACAAGUAUCGAGUGUUGUAAGCGCCAUAGUAGUAUUGCUGGUCCUUCUUUUCUUUGCACCACUUUUCUACUCACUACAGAAAUGUGUCUUGGCCUGCAUAAUAAUUGUCAGCUUACGUGGUGCUUUGAGGAAAUUUAAGGAUCUUCCAGCUCAAUGGCGCCUAAACAAAAUAGAUGCAGUCAUUUGGAGCGUCACUGUCGCCUCAUCUGCCCUGGUCAGUACAGAAAUAGGCCUCAUGGUAGGAGUGGUCUUUUCAAUGGUAUGUGUUGUUGCACGUACUCAGUUACCUCGAGUAAGCAUGCUUAGCCACAUUCAAAACACCUCCUUUUAUGAAGAAGGAGACAAAUAUGAAAACCUUUGUCCCAUUCCCAAGAUUAAAAUCUUCCGCUUUGAAUCGCCCCUGUACUAUGCAAACAAGGGGUAUUUCUUACAAUCUGUGUACAAAAUGGCUGGGAUGGAUCCAGCCUUAGAAAUAAUUCGGCGGAAAAAAAUGGAGAAAAAGGGGAAAAAACAGCUGAAAAGAAAACAAGUAGAUACCACAAAAGAGAUGGAUCAAGGUGAGACUUCCAUACAGCUCGUACACAAGCAGGAUAACAUCCAAACCAUUAUUCUUGAUUGCUCGUCCAUAGCGUUCUUAGACACAUCUGGCAUUAGUGCAAUGAAGGGGUUAUUAAAAGAUUAUCAGGAAGUCCAGGUCAGUGUUCUUCUGGCCUGCUGCAAUACAUCUGUAAUUGAUUCCCUAAGCAGAGGUGGGUAUUUCGGGAAGGAAAACAAGGAUAUGCACAAGUUGGUCUUUCAUACAGUACACGAUGCUGUUCAAUUUGCUAGACAGAAAGAAUGUUCUAUGACGGACUCAACUGUUUAGACAUGCAAAGGAUUAUUAAGCACAACAAAAAGACUUAGCAUUGAGAUCAGGGCUGCCUUGCUGUUGGGCAAUCAUGUACCACCCAAGAGAUGCAGAGUUUAGGCCAAUAGAGGACUGUGAGGGACUAAGGUGUGUGCUUCAGCACAAACCCCUAAUGCUGACAGCUGAAUGAGCUGGGAUAUGAUGUCAUAUUUCAGCCCUCAGUAGUCUGAAAAAACAUGCACCGCAAGGUCAUUGUCAAUAUUUGGGUCAGUGCUGGCAAAGGCACUGACUUUGUUCCCUUGAGUUGGUGAAGAGAUACCAGAUUUAAGGUAGGCUUCUGAGUGAGAGAUGUAUACAUACCAGCUAAAGGGCAAGUUUCAGAAAAAAACUCCCCCAGGCUGAUACUUGGAGCAGAGCUGCCUCUGAUUGAGAUAACUGAGCCUGUGCAGGAAAUGAUGAACAACUGGGUGUGUUAAUAUUAUUUUUGUAUGUUCUUUUUAUGCGUAUUACUGCCUUGUAUUCUUUAUAAAGAUACUUUGUAAAUAUUUACAAUAAAUCAACCUUGUAUGUAUCACCUUCCAAA